ACUGAAAAUGGGCUGAUAUAUUUUAUCAACUAUAUUUGUAUUGUUGUUAUUUAAAAGGCCUAGAUUUCCAUAGGACUUAUCCUCUCUUGCAAGAGAUAGGGGCGUUCGGUAUCUUCCGAAUAUUUUCGUGUCAAAGGAGAAGAACAUCCUUUGAUACGCCUGAAUCUACGAGCUGAUAAGCUCUGAUGCUAGAAUGGUGAUCGACCUAUGGCCCUAACAGCCAAUGAAACAACUGUUGUAUGGGGGUGAAGUGCUUUGUUGCUUGGCAACUUCCGUUGAAAGAAAUGCAUUUCACAUAUACACUUUUUGAUAUAAAUUACUACUCCCAGCAGAUAGAGCUAUAGCUCUUGGCCCGCCAAAAAAUAACGUCAUGGCGUCACUUCAAUCUUCUUCGUUCAGAGUAUCGGUUCAUGUUAGUAUAUGGUAAAUUUAUCAGGGAUACAGUGAAGCUUACGGCACCAAUUCUAGUAUCCCGAUUGUAACGAUUCGGAAUCUCCCACAUUCCAACAACUUCUGCGCAACCAAGAUGCUGCUGCGGAUCUGAUAGCUAUAAAGGCUGCGUCUUUGCCAUGGAUUGGUCCACCCAAAGGCGGCUUCGUCAUCAAUGAGAAUGGAUAUUUUCGUUCUUAUGUGAAUGCUACAAUUUUUGCACAAGCAGAUGCCUUUGGGAAAGCUACUGGUGCCUAUGAGGUACAUGGGGAUAUCCUCAAGAAGUACCUCGCCUUGGGUGGGGAUCGAAGCAAGUUGGGCUGUCCGGUCACAGAUGAACAGUGGACUUCUGACCGUAGUUGUCGUUUCAGUAACUUCACAUCAGGUGCAAUCUAUUGCAAUUCCAAGACCGGCACUUACGUGGUGAAUGGUGAAAUCUAUAAGAAAUGGAUGACUAUGGAUGGAGCUGAAGGGGUUAUGGGUCUCCCUGUUUCUGACGUGAGCAUAAUUAAUAUCUUAGUUCCACGCUUCCUUAUUACAGACCCUUUCAUAUCAAAAUGCUAUUUAUGCUUGACUCCAAUGUUGAGCAGGUUACUAAUUCACCUAUGUGAAGGAAACAUUGACGCCCGGGGGAGUGACUCUCUUCAAUAUGUUCUCACACGGUGGUGCUAUAUAUUACACUGUAACUCGAGGGGCAUUCUGGAUUUAUGGAGAUAUCUACAAGAAGUGGAUGGGUUGUGGUGGCGAGAUGGGCGAGCUAGGAUAUCCCACAUCAGACGAGGAAUUUGCACCUGAUGAAGUGUGCCGUUUUAACAAAUUUUCUGGUGGUGGUGCGAUUUACUCAACACCAGAAGUGAGCAAUUUGUAUUCUUUGAUGUUGCAUUUCCUGGUCGUGAUUUUCCAACUCCGAAUUCCUUGGUCAUUUUCUAUCUCCUGCGUGUUUACUGAAAUCGCUCGAGUUUCUCGUCUUGCCGCAGAUGACUUGACAUGGUAGGCAAUUACUAACGCCUGAUGUUUUCUAGUACGGUGCCGUAAAAGUAGGUGGAAAUAUUUACAAAAGGUGGAUGGCGCUUGGUGGAGACAGUGGGUAUCUGGGUAACCCCAUAACCGAUGAGAUUCCCGGUAAAUACAAUACUUGUUAUAACGAUUUCUCUGGUGGCUCAAUAUGGUGGCAUAGUUCUAUUGGCACCCGGGAGUUUUCUGGAAGGGAAACAAGUUAUAACAUCAACACUACCGAUAUUUUGAUCAAGGAGCUUCGGUCUGCAAGUGUAGACACCCUUUACAUUACAGCUUCUAUUGCCACCGUAUCCGCAGGAGUGCAAUCCACUGCUCUCGCCCUUGGGGAGCACUCAGCUGGCUUCGUAUAUCCCAGCUUAACGCUUCAUAAUUGUCCGAUUGGAGACGAGGAAACAGUAACAUUUACAUACCUCAUCGUCCACAACGACUCCAACGACCGAGCAGACGUUCUCAGAAAACUUGAGAUCGCCAUCCACAAAUUAGGAACAGCUGCCGUAGAAGAAGAUAAAAUUGCUUCGCGGUACAGACGCAAAUCUUCAAUCGGAGACGCCAUUGGUGCAGCUAUCGGCCGAGGUCCUGUGCCUGUAAGCGAGCCUGCUGUUCGCCCUUUCGAGGGAUGGGCAGAUAGUGGUGGUCUUGGAAUGCCAUUUUUGAAUUCUGAUGGUGUUGUUGCGGCGGAGGUCGCAACGCUAAAGGGUAGCGAUGUGAAGGCACAUUUAAUCAUGGGGAACACGUGGAAAGUUGAUGAUAAACAUGUGGGCACAAAAGCUCCUUUAUGGUGCGGCGCCAUCUCACAAUACAAUGUGUUGUGGAAUGUGGAAUUCUCGUGAAUUUAGAGCGUAGUAUUGAUAUACCGGAGCUUGGUUGAUUGGUUGACUGGUUGGCUGGAACAUAACUUCUAAAGGGUUGGGCGUCGGAUCUGCUGCUCUAUCUUUUUUAAGAAGAUAAUAAAAGUAUAGUGUUUGAUAGAUUGAAUAAUU